AUGGCCGAGCCUAGCUCGUCAAGGCCCGAACUGGUCGACCCGCUUUCCGCAGAACUGCUCGAUCUCGUUUGGCCGGCGGGCGACGACUGGGAGACGUUCGCGCAGACUGUGGAGACGAUCGCCGACUACGGCGUCAGCCUGCACGCCCGGCGCGCGCACGAGAUCCGCACGUGGGCCAGCGCGUGGACGAACCGCUACGUGCUGGCCGCGUGGCGCGAGCAGCAGGUGCGCCGCCACUCGGGCACCCUCGAGCGUCUGCGCUGGCUGUCCUUCUUCAUGUGGGCUGUGCCAGAAGGGGACCUUAAGGAGCAACUGCCGGCGUGGCAGUCCGUAUUCCGGUGGACCGGCGCGAUCAAGCGGGACGCGUGGGUGUGUGUCGAGCGGCGGCAAGCGGCGCUGGCAGCCGCAGCCGCGCCGGGACCGGCGGCGGUCCAAGCGGUGUCACCCCGGCACGAAUCGCCUGCGCCGAUCGCUCCACCUGCCCGCCCCACCUUCUUCCUCCCGCCGCGCUACGAGGCGACGCCGGACGAGCUGGCGGCAGGCGCCACUGGCGCCAUAGUCCUCCCCGACGGUACCAGGCAUCCCUGUCGAGGCGUCCCGCUCGGCACGGCGCUGUUCGGUUCGAGCUGGCAGAGCCCGUAUUGGCCGCAGCCACGUCACCUGGGCUUGCUGUAGCACUCUCCUCGCCUCUCUCCUCGCAGCGCUGUAACGCGGUACCUGUUCCGAGCCUCU